AGCUUAUUUGUUGCUCGGAGGAUCGGUGUUCCUCGUUUACUGUGACUUAAGUGAUGGUUAACUGUUUGAAUUUAUUCUACAUUUUACUGUGAACCAUUGUGAUCCGGUACAGGUGAAUCAGCAGAAGGAGGUGUAACUUGUUUGGCUUCUCCCGAGCACAAUUUGAAUCAGAUCCAGAACUGAUUGAUGGAGUCCUGAAACUGGUUUUCUUUGUCUGAUCUCUGCCUGUUUGUUUCGGUAGUGUCGAUCGAGCAGAAGUGUAUUUAUGUGUGAGUGAUUGUAAGCCAGGACGGGUGGUUUGUCCCAUUCUUGUGUGACAAAGUGUAAAAACAGCCGGUUUAACAGUACGUAGCAGUGACAGCAGAAUUAGAUUAGGUAUGCUGUGGGUGUACCGUUGUGUACAAUUGCGAGCACCAGAAAGGCUCUAGCGGAUUUCCGACUUGUAAGCCGGACACCAGUAACACAAUCAAAAACAACGACAUCGACCACCGAUAAACCCUGCUGGGAGGAUUUCAAUAUUUUUUUCGAGCAGAAUUGAUGUCCAUUCAAACCGUUCUGUAAUGAGGCAUGCAUCCGUCUGGGUGUGCAUCCUAACCUUCUACAACCUGCAGUCGUCCUCGUUGGCCGCAAUCGUACCGCCGCCCUGGAGCGAUCCGAACAAGAACCCGUGCGCCAGUCAACCGGGCGGUUGGCAGCUGCUGUACUGGCCACCGCUUAAGAAAUGCUUCAAAAUCUUCCAGAUGGGCUACCCGUGCCCGGAAACGAUGGAACUGAGCCCGGUCGGGGUGGGCGCUACGGCGCACGGAUCGACGGCCGAAUGCCGCUGUCCACCGGGAACGGCACAGUACCCGCUGACGAAGCGAUGCCAUCGAUUGUUCGAGCGAGGACCGUGCGAUUUUGGGCAGUACUUUGCACCGUUCGCGGACCCCGAAGUGAAGAGUGCCAUACCUAGACAGCGUUGGGGAACUUGCAAACCGACGGAAAUUUGUGAAACCGGUAUGAUAUUUUGGCCACAAGACAAUAAAUGCUACCAGCUUCAUACCAAAGGACCCUGUCCAAAGGGAAAGCUAGUCAGUAUGGAUAACGAUGGAAUAGCUAAGUGCAAGUGUGAACGGGAAGGCGAGCUCGGUAAUUACUUUCACGACGAAACGGAAACAUGUCAUGAAUUUUUCAGCAAAGGACCCUGUUUGCGAAGUGGCGAACUAUUUUUACCCUCGAAAAAAUGUGCUUGUCAUCAGCGGCUCCCACAUUUUCACAAUGAAACUAACCAGUGUUACGAAAUAGGAACCAUAGGACCAUGUCCUAUUGGACACACGUAUAUUAUAGCGGACAAAAGAGGUCAGCAGGAGGUCACUGCCAUGCGAGCGGAAUGUCGAUGCAAGGACAACUAUGUUCUUUGGAAGGAUGGUUACUGCUACAAACUGUACACUCAAGGACCCUGCGAAAGCGGAUCGUUUCUGGUAGCCUCGAACACAUGCAUUGCAAACCCCUGUGAAAAGGGUCGACUAUAUUUUCCCAAAGAGAAAACAUGCUAUCGGAUAGGCUCGCAAGGUCCGUGCAGCUUACAGCAGGUGGUAAUAUUCGAUUUCACCACCCGACCGUCACUGGACGGCAUUUCUUACAACGGAAUUUGUGGAUGUUCCGGAGUGAUUCAUAAUCUAGAUCAAACUUGCUCGGAAGACGAAGUUCCUAAAAGUGCCUGCGAUAGCACGCCCGACAUGGUGGAGAUCAAUCGGCAGUGCUACAAACUGUACUCCCGUGGCCCGUGCGGUCCGGGUCAAUGGUUGGAACCGAAGAAGGGUUCCGUUAAAAUUCGAGCAGCCACCUGCAUUUGUCGGCCAGGUUAUACGCCAUACGAGGCUCCACUUCAGAACGGAGUUAUUGGCUGUCAACCGCCAGCCGUCGGACUUGCCAGGUAUUUGAACGGAAAUCGACUAUUGUCCAUCAGGAUUGGGAACUUCACGUUAACCAUACCCAAGAUUUAGACUAGCGCUAACCGAAUGCUCUCCCCCUCCUCUAACAUCAAUCAGCAUGCGAUUCGAUGUUAAUAGCAUGAACUACUUAUCUUAGAUCGUUGUUGGUAUAUUAUGGUUAGAUAGUUGCACCUUAAUUCAGUAACAGAACCGAACAGAUUUGUUUUCCCUUCUACAGGUGGUUUAUGAGUUUGUUAGGAUUCGGACCAGCGGAAACGGAAGAAUACUAAGUUACCAAAAAUACACGAAACAGUGCGGUGAACAGGACGCAACGAGACAUUCACGGUAAUUUAUUACAGGAGAAACAUUGGACAUAUCAUAACCAAUCGGCAUGGCUGCCAGAAAGCGAAAAUAGGUAAUAAAUAUUGUGAUUGUGCCAUAGUUAUGAGAACGCAGUAAAGUAUGUCUAGCUAGCCCUAAGAUAAUAUUCGUAACUAUCAACGCCGACUGAAUAGAAUAAUAACACAUAGGAAAUAAAUUACAA